AUGCCACCACUUAAGGAAAGGUCCAUGUUUCAAGUGCCACACUCGAGUGUGAGCUGCCUCAUCAUUAUGACCUUGGCAGCCGUCCUCUUGGUACUCGCUCCGACACAUGUUCGAGCCAACACAUUGGGAAUAAUGGCUGAGAGCAACAAUAGCUCGACUUUCUAUGUGGAUCCGAUCAUGGGUACGGAUGACGUAAAUUGUCAAAUUCAAAACUUGCCCUGUAGGUCUGUGGCUCAUGUCCUGCAACAGGUGUUGUCGGCUUCGAGUUUUACUAAUUUUCAAAAUUUGGAAAUAAUUCUGCUAAAGGGAAUUUCAACUCGAACCAGUGCAGAUGAAAAUUGUAUCAUAGAUCUAACCACUACUACCAACUCUUCGUUCACCUUGAAGAUUCACGGAUCUUCCAUUGUGGAGUGGAAUUGUUUUUCCAAUGUCAUGAAAUUUUCACCAAUUAUUUCUGUUAAAUUUUCAAAUUUAAAACUCAAAAAGAUCCACAUUCAAGGAGGAAAUGAAGUUGAAAUUUCGUCAUGCCCAGUCAACAAUUUACGAAUUGAGAAUAGCAGAGAAAUAACCACCCAAUAUUUUAAGAACAAUCAACACUCGUUUUAUUAUUCCACAGAUUCGUUAGAUCGUCCAUUAACUCAAGACAAUAGAGCAGCUCUUUACAUAUUUUCGCUUUCUGAGACUCAACUCAUAAUAACAAACUGCACCUUUAGAUAUAUGAAACAAGCUCAAGCUGUGCAUCUUGAAGGAAGUGGAGUAAAAGCAGUUAUUUCUAACUCCGACUUUAGAGAGAAUCAAGCUGAGAAUGGUGGGUCUGCAUUAUUCCUUUACAAUGUUUUUCAUGCACACAUUACAAAUUCAACCUUUUAUGGAAAUGUUCAAGUUAAUGGCUCGUCAUUUUCCCAAUUAGAAUAUGGAGGAGGAGCUAUUUUGCAAUACAGAAGCCUACUAACCACUGAAAGAUGUGUUUUUUCAAAUAAUGUUGCCAACGGUUUCGGAGGAGCUGUGUUGGUAUAUUAUUCUUAUAGUUAUAGGAGUAUUGAAGAUACGUUUUCAUUUAAUAAUGCAAGAUAUGGAGCUGGAGUUUCAAGCAUUGGAGAAACAUUUGGGGCUGAUGUUUUCAAAACCUUCGUGGAGUUCCAAAAUUCUUCUUUCAGCCAAAAUAUUGCUUCUGACUUUGGAGGGGGAUUGUUUCUAUUAAGAUCAACUGUGAAAUUUGAUUACAAGAACAAAGCAAUCUACGACAACAUUGCAAUGAAGGACGGUGCUGGAAUUUACAUUGUAGGAAGCAAAAUUCUUUCCACAAGCACUCCCUUAAACUCUUUCAUCACCUCGAACACGUUAUUGAGCGGUGCAGAGAAAAAUUUUGCCUCUCCUCCAUCAUAUUAUCUCACAAACUCUACGUAUUCUGUUAAGUUUGAAGAUAGCAUAACUAUUGGUGUCAUGAUGAAAGAUGAUUUCAAUCAGACUGUAAUGGACUAUAGAAACUCUAUGCUAAACAUACCUAAAACGUCCACCAUACUAUAUGCGUUUGAAAAACUUCAAGCAAAUGUUAGCAUGUUAUUUGAAUUGCGUGUAUAUAGUCUUACUCGUAAGGUUGCUUUUCCAAUUAGAACUAACAUGAUUGCUACAGUACAAUAUUUAUUUGGCCAAUCCAUCAAGUACGAAAAAGAGUUUCGCAUUCCUUUAGAAAUUCAAGCAUGCUCUGAAUGGCAAGUACUAAACUCAGUACCCAAAACCGAGUUGUAUUUGUGGAUGGAUAGGAAUGGCAAACUUGAUGCUUACAGAUGUGAAACAGACCCUGCAAAAUGGGCUCCGUUUUUUGCUCUCAUUAUUGUCCCUUGUUUUUUUUGCAUGAUCAUCCUACCUAUUGUUAUAUGUGUAAAAUAUAGAUCAAUCAUUAGAAAAGUUAAAUUACUUGCCAAGAAAGAACAAGCAGAAAUGGAGCUUACUCAAAAGCUCAUGGAUCUACAAACCCUUUAUGCCUCAGAAAUGGAAUCCAAGCAUUCCUAUAAGGAUUGGUUAGUCAAAGUUGAGGAUAUCGAAAUCAUUCGAAAGAUUGGAGAAGGUGGUAACGGAAUUGUGUAUUUGGCAAAAUGGCACAAGAAUGUAGAGGUUGCUUUGAAAAGUAUCAAAAUUGAGGAUGGGGAAUUGGAUAGCAAUGAGUUUGAACAUGAAGCUUCUUUAUUGAGCUCUAUUAGAUUUCCAAAUAUUGUGUCCUUUUAUGGAGUAUGUUUAACCGACCAAGCAAAAUAUAUCGUUAGCGAAUACAUGAGCAAAGGAUCAUUAGAAAAACUUCUCUACGAUUGUAAGAUGAAGAAACAACAUGUAACUUUGGUACAAAAAAUUCAAAUACUGUUAGAUAUUUCAAGUGGUAUGACUUAUUUGCACACAGGAAGAGACAAGCCAAUCAUUCAUAGAGACUUGAAGCCAGGAAAUAUUUUGCUGUUGAAUGACAUGACUUGUAAAAUAACAGAUUUUGGUCUUUCAAAAUUGGUGAAAGAUGCAAAGAAUUCUAAUACCUGUCAAAUUGGUACACUGUAUUACAUGGCUCCUGAAAUGUUAGAAAACAAAUUAUAUGACGAAAGCUGUGACGUUUACAGUUUUAGCUUGGUGGCAUGGCAGGUUUUGUUCGAUGAAUGUAAUCUCUUCCAUUCCUCCUAUGUCACAAAUCCAAAAUUUUCUCGUAUCAUGAAAGAAAAUCAAGCUUCACAAUUUGAUCAUCUCAAUGACUCCUACAUUACAAUUCCAAAGCUGGUGAUCGAAGGUUUGAGGCUACCUGUACCAUCGACCAUUGAAUUAUUUGACAUUCCAAUGAUGAAUUGGGUACGAGAAUAUUUCUGUAACGUAGAUUUGGAAAUUAUGAAUUUUGGGAAAUUACAAGACGAUGAGACCAUACUUCACAAAUAUGUGCAGGCUCUUAAUGGUUUGUUCUCACUGAUCACCAAAUGCUGGAGUGCAGAUAUGAAACAACGGCCGACGUUUCCACAAAUUUCUCUCGAACUGGAACAUUUAAAGUUGAUCCUGACAAGUAAGAAAUGA